UUCUUCUGCUGCAGUGUCGUAGCAGAGCCAUGGAGGGGAGUGAUGCACGCACCCACGCACCCACGCAAGCUAUUUUUGAAGCCCUUAAGCUGACACAUUUUAUGUCUUUACCAAACAAUUCAGAUAAGGAGCUCGCGUCGCAGAAAUCAUCUUUCGAUUGGGGCGUGAAAGCCGUCCGCUGGGUCGGUACAAGUGGCCUCAAGUUCUUCCUGCAAUUCUGGUACUCGAAAACGCCCGUCUUCAUGCUGCCGGAGGGUUGGGUCCCGUAUUACGUGGCCUGGAUUCUGUCGUUCCCCCGCGCGCCUUUCGGGUCCGUGAGCAUCCAGGUUUGGAGUAAUGUUUGUGCUACGGCGAUCACCACUCUGGCUGAGAUUGUUACGGCAUUGCUGUUGCAAACGGAUAACGGAGCGGCGGAGCCUGUUCCUGCUGGUGCUAGUGCCGAGGAGAAGAAAGGGCAAUGAAGGACACGAAGACGACGGGGGAGAAAGGGGUUGUUUUAAGCGAGACUACUGGAUGAGCAAAAAGGACAAUUGUAUAAAAUGGAAUGACGGUGAUGAUAAUGGCUCUCAUUAUUUCUCUCAUUUGGCGAAUAUUGAACUCGGAUUCGAGUGAGUGUAUCUUCAUGAUAUUAUGUGAUUAUUGUAAGAAAGUAAAGUCUCAAAUGAACUAGGUGACGC